AUGUCUUCACUUUUAGAAUAUGGAUUGCACAUGUCUCGUCUGAGUGCCCACCUCUUUGGUGAAGUUGCCAGGCUUACUGAUUCCAAGUCCAUGAAAGUGGUGAAAGUAUUCAGUGGACAACUAUUGGUCAAGAGAAAGGAGCCUUAUCACUGGUAUCCAAAUCACAAUUUGGAUUACCUAAUUCUCUAA